AUGCCUAUAGGAGACCAACAAGGCAGCUGCAGAGGGGCCCCUCCCGCUGCGCCUUCCUUCUUGGGGGCCCCUUCGGGGGCCCCCCUGGGGGCCCCUAUGGGGGCCCCUCUGGGUGGCCCUGUGGGGGCCCCUGGGGGGGCCCCCCUAGGGGGCCCUGUGGGGGCCCCUGAGGGGGGCCAUCUGGAGGCCCCCGUGGGGGGCCCCGUUGGGGGCCCUGUGGGGGCCCCUGUGGGGGGCCCUGUGGGGGCCCCCGAGGGGGGCCCCUGGACAGCAGCAACUCAGCCUUCUGUGUUUGUUUUCUUGGAGAGUAUGUGCGGUUUGAGUAAAGAGAGUCAGGAGAAAGUGCUGCAAACCCUAAACCCCCGAUCUGUUGAUGAUUUUAUUUGCUGCUGGCUAGAAGCCUGCUCUCAAGUUGCAUAUACACCCCACAAUAGGAGGGAUCGCGUGUCUCGCUGUCUUCAAGACUUACAGUCUUUCUUAGAGAAAAGCAGCGGCAAAAUAAACCAGCAGCAGCAGCAACAGCAGCAGCAGCAGGAAGAGCAGCAGCAGCAGCAGCAGCAGCAGCAAACCUGCAAACGAGAUGCAGAAGAAGAAGUGAAAGCCCGAGGCAUUCCAUCAUCUCAGGCCACCACAGCCAGCUGCGACAGCAGCAGCAGCGACAUCAGCAGCAGCAGCAGCAUCAGCAGCAGCAGCAGCAGUGGACAGGAGCUGCGGCUUUGUUCAGGUGAAGGAUGCAGCCCUCCAAGUACUCAAGAGUUAUUAUCGCUUCCUGACGAGUUAGGAGCCCCCUCAGGGGGCCCCCCAGGGGGCCCCCCUGGGGGCCCCCUAGGGGGGCCCCCAGGAGAAACCCUAAACCCUAAACCAUCACUUUCUUUUUUGUGUAGACAGGGUUUGUUCAGGCUGUAUGAUGCGGAGGCUAUUGCAAAGAUGCCUCCUUUUAGUUUAUUAGACUUGGAGACAGAAGAACGAGAGAAGUUUGUACAAAGUAUUGCUGCUUUUUCAUUCAAGUAUCUAACUGACUUGCAACUCCUUUUGCUUAGGGAGAACAUGAGGGAGAUCGCCGACAUCCUGGUGACUCGCGGCUGCCUUUCUGUUCAGAAUCUGAUGGACCUCCUGCAGCAGCAGCAGCAGCAGCAGCAGCAGCAGCAGGUUGCUCAUUUGGAGGAUACUGCAGCAACAGAUCCUAAUCCUGCAGCAGAAGCAGCAGCAGCAGCAACAGAUACAUUUGCUGCUGCGGCCUUCCUAAGGGAGCGAUUUAGCAUGAGCUACCAGCAAAGCAAACAGCUGCUGCAGCUGCUGCUGCAGCUGCAGCAGCAGCAGCAAGAAGAAAUCCGGCCUGUGCAGCAAAUCUCCCAAGACAAAGAAUUCAAGAAGGUUGCUGACAGGGUGUAUUCAUAUGUACACUUUGACCGAGCUCUUUUUGACUUAGUUGUCGAUACACCUCCUUUUCAGCGUCUUCGGCAUUUAUGUCAACUCGGCGCAUGCAAGUUUGUCUUCCCGUCCGCAACUCAUACUCGUUUUGAGCAUUCUUUAGGAGUAGGAUUUCUUGCGGGUCGGUAUUUCUCAACUUUAGCUAAAAAGCAGUUAUCUGUCUCUUCUUCUUGUUCUUAUAAUCAGCCUGAUGAGGACUUUGCAUAUGGUCACGGACCCUUCAGUCAUUUGUUUGAAGCAGAUUUUGUAAAUGUGCUUCGAAUGAAACACCCUGCAGCAGCAGCAGCAGCAGCUGCAGCAGCAGCAGCAGCAGGAGGUGGAAGCGGAGGAGAAGGGGCAGCAGCAGCUGCUGCAGCAGCAGCAGCAGCAGGAGUAGCACCUGCAAUGCAUGCACGAGGGCUGUGGCAUCAUGAAGAUAUGAGCGAACAACUUGUUCAAUAUAUCUUUUCUGAUUAUUCUGAUUGCGGAGGUAAUAAAGAAAUAGAAGAAGAAGAUAUAAACUUAAUCGCAAAUAUCAUCAAAGGUGCUCCGCCUAAUUGGCUGGGGGCCCCUUCACUUCAUCCUAUCGAUCAGCUCAGUCGUGCUGCACUCGAUAUUGUCGCAAACAGAAGAACAGGAUUAGACGUAGACCGAUUAGAUUAUUUAGUUCGGGACUCUGUUCGAGCUGUUGAGUUGAUGAUAGCGGAAGCGCUCAGAGAAGCAGAUCCUGUCUUUCGAUGGAGUGAAGCUGUUGAUGACGUAGAAGAGUUUUUGAUGUUAACAGAUGAAAGUUUAUUAUUAGAUGUGCUGCGUCAUCCAGUAUGCCGAGGAGGCGGCAAAGAAGAGUUUUCUAGUCUUUCUUCGUCGGAGAUACCGCGUUUAAAGAAAGCAAAUAGGUUAUUAAGAAGUGUUUGUAGAGACAGACAAACUAAUUCUCUUUAUAAGCAUGUUGCUUCUGCUAAUUUAACUCAUAACAAAGACCUCCGUCUUAUUCAAGCUGUAUGUACACCUGAGAUUCUUUCUCGUCUUUCUAGAGGUGCUCUUCAACCUGACCAAGUUAUUCUUGACUUGCGUUUUUAUUCUUCUGCUGAUGCGACGACGUCCUUCUUAGCGCCUUUAGACAAACUCGAAGCAUAUCCAACCUACUAUGAUACACACCAACUCAGGUUAUAUUGCAAGGAUGAUUCGAAGGUGCAGGCAGCAGGCGAUGCGUUUAGAGAGUGGUGCCGGCUCUACGAUCUCUCAGAAGAACCGUCUUGCGCGUCUCCAGCAGCAUCAAUAAAACGAAGCUCUGCUGCUUUACAAAGAAGAUAUUUGUCUCCUUCCGUCUCCUUUCCUAAACAGCAGCAGCAGCAGCAGCAGCAGCAGCAGCAGCUCCUUGAUUCUCGCUGCUGCUGGUUCUCAUCAGCAGACACUGCAGCAGCAGCAGCAGCAGCAGAACCAUUGUACAGGCUUAAAGCUGCUGUAGAUGCUGCUCCCGUUACUGCUGCGUCUCCUGCAGCAACCGCUGCAGCAGCAGCAGCAGCAACAGCAGCAGCAGCAGCAGCAGCAGCAGCAGCAGGAGACAAACGCGUAUCAACACCACAAGCCAGCAGCAAACGAAGGAGACACCCUCAAUAA